ACAGCCUGCCUGCGUUCCCCAUUGCCAUGGUGGCAGGGAUAGUCAUCGGUACGGUUACAGGUCUCUCACCGCUCAUCUCUAUUGUCGUGUGUCUUGUCAUCAGAAAGAACAACUCUAAAAAACGAUACUCUGGCUGCAGUACAUCUGAGAGUUUGAUGUCACCGGUUAAGCAGGCUCCGCAGAAGUCGCCCUCCGACACAGAGGGUCUGGUAAACAGCAUGCCCGCCAGAUCACACCAGGGCCCAGUCAUUUAUGCGCAGUUAGAUCACUCCGGAGGACAGCACAGCAACAAGAUUAACAAGUCAGAAUCUGUGGUCUAUGCUGAUAUUCGGAAGAACUGAGAUGAGAUCCUAAGCUAUCCAAAGGGAAAAACACAUUCAGACUGGAAUUGCUUGAACAAGAUUUGACCCAGAGAACUCACAUGUGGCCUUUGAUGCCUAGGCUAGGACCAAUGCAUGUGCAUACAGAGGGAAAGGUAUCUAUGUAUUGUGUGUAAAUAGUCUAUUUAAUAGUACAGAAGUGAGACCAAUGUUGCAUGUUGAAAUGCAGUAAGAAUUUUGCUUAUAAAUUGCCAGUAUUCUUUUUUUGUAUCUUGUCUUGACGAGAGAGAAAGUGAAAACUUGCAUCAUAAUUUUAAAAUAUUUUUAUCUUGAUUAAUAAUGGAGAAACUGGAAAAUGCCUGGAGAUU